UGCAGUGAUUACAUUGACUUGACGUCGUUUAACAAGUUUCACUGUCGUUUUAGUGUCCACUGAGAUCUAUCUCCUGAUUGAUUCAUUCAUCUCAAGAACCCUAACCUGCAAGCAAUGUUUUUGAAUCAAUGGUGGGACCCAAAAAGCACUUCCUUCCAAUAAUCUUCAUCACACUCAUUGCAUUCAUCUUCUAUACUUUUCACAACUCUUCUCUCCCAUCUUCAAUAACCGAAUCAAACCCUAAUUUCACAGUAAAAUCCCCAAUUCAAAUAAACCCUAAUUCAACAAUUUCCCCCAAUUUCACGUUCCUUAUCAAAGUUCUCGCCUUUAACCGCCUCGACUCCGUUUCUCGCUGCCUCCGUUCCCUCGCCGCCGCAGAUUACCUCGGCGAUCGCGUUCACCUCCAUGUUUACAUUGAUCAUUUUGCCCCUUUGAACAAUUCCGAUGUCGAUUUGAAAUUAAUCGAAUCGCAUAGAAUUUUGGAUUUUGUUGAUGUGUUUGAGUGGAAAUAUGGGGAAAAGGUGGUGCAUUAUAGAACUGGGAAUGUGGGGUUGCAGGCACAGUGGUUGGAAGCAUGGUGGCCUGGUUCAGAUGACGAAUUUGCUUUUGUUGUAGAGGAUGAUUUGGAGGUUUCUUCGCUUUAUUACGAGUAUGUUAAAGCGUUGAUUGUGAAUUUCUAUUAUAAUGGUUCUAAUUACAGUCCUUCCAUUUUUGGUGCUACAUUGCAACGUGCAAGGUUUGUUCCAGGUAAACAUGGCAACAAAUUGCAGUUGGAUGACCAGACACGACUUUUCUUAUACCAAUUGGUUGGUACGUGGGGACAAAUUCUCUUUCCAAAGCCAUGGAAAGAGUUCAGGUUGUGGUAUGACAAAAACAAAGCGAAGGGAAAUAAACCAUUUCUUGAGGGGAUGGUGACUACAGGUUGGUAUAAGAAGAUGGGGGAGAGAAUAUGGACACCUUGGUUCAUCAAGUUUAUUCAAUCCCAUGGUUACUAUAAUAUCUAUGCCAAUUUUUUGCAUGAGAGAGCAUUAAGUGUCUCUCACAGAGAUGCUGGAGUGAAUUACGGGAAAACUGCUGGACCUGAUUCUCAGUUACUAGAGGAAAGAUCUCUAGAUUUCAAUAUUUUGGAAAUGCAGCCUUUGAGUAGUUUAAAAUGGUUCGAUUUUUGUUUCAGAGAAGUACUUCCAGGAAGAUUUGUGAGGAACUUGGAAGAACUUGGAGCUUUGCUUCACUCUAUGCAGAAACAAGAUAGUGUCUUCUUAGUAAAUCUUUUAGGGGUGUCAGAUGCUGUAGCAAGAAACUUGCUAUGCCACUUUGAGAGGCUAAAUAUAAGGAAUUAUAUACUUAUGGCGCCCCCUUCUGAUUCCUUAUUUGAUCUGGCAAGGAGGGGACAUCCUGUAAUUAAUGUAGACCAAUUUGUAAGUAGUAUUGGAACAAAUAAAUUGAGUUCACAAGGUUCGAGUUUUGAAACCAUCAAGGGUAUUGUGGCAAAGGCUUAUGUAAUUAAAAAGUGUAUUGAGAAUGAGUAUAACACAUGGGUUUUGGAUGGGAGCUUGCUUCUUACUUCCGAUGUAUUGCUCGAGUCUAGAAAUCCCAACGAUGACUUCUGUGUUGCAAACAAGUUGGAACUGUUUUAUGCUAAAAGCUCACCGUCUAGUGAAAAAAUCUGGACUAAUGGCUUUGUGUCAAAAAUUGUAGCCAUGGCAGACUCUUUGGGAAGAAAAGACUCAUCAAACCAAGGUAGCCUAAGUUUUGUGUAUAUUGUAACAAAAUUACUGGAACAGAAUGGUGCAAGUAUUAGAAGAGUUGACGGAACAUCUUUUGGCUUGAAGAUUGGGUCAGGUGGUGUUAGUAAAUCUUCUCUGGAGGAUAAAAAGUUGGUAUAUUGGUCAACUGAGAUGGAGCUGGAUUCGAUUCAGAAACGGCUCGAAGAGUUGAAUUUGUGGAGUAUAGACAAUGAGUUAUCCUGCACUGCUGUGGUUUGUCACAAGUCAUAGCUUUUUAGGGUUGGUAGAAGCAGUUCUACAUUUUAAUUUUGUUCCUAUAUUUUUUUUUUGGGUACCAAUUUAGCAGUUCUACAUAUUCUUUGUAUUCAUUUUUUAUUAUUAUCUUAAACAAAUUAAGUUGCAAAUGUGAGGCUUAAGAUAGAUUGGAAUUAAACAGUGAGUUGAAUUUUGUGUUCUGGAUUGAAAUAUUUGUUUUUAUAGUAAUCUCUUCCACGACAACUUUUGUUGUA